AGAUGUCGACGCAGUUUAUUGUUGAACAAGUGAAUUGGCAAGUGUAUUAUCCAAAAACGUGUAUAAAAUAAUUGUGAAAUCAUGAAGCAAGUAAUAUUCAUUUUCGGUCUAUUUAUCGCCGUUACAAUGGGUCUCAGCGAUGAUGUCACAGAGAGAAUGGCGGAAUUUCUUAUGCUGUCAAAAACAGAUGUACAGAUCUGUGUAAAUAAAACAUCUGUAACAAUAGAAGAUUUAGCGAAGCUAAAUCAACUAGUAGAUGAUAAUGUGGAAACAGCAGAUAUUGAUAAGUCAGUUUCAAAAGUCGGCUGUUUCUUUGCCUGUUUGUUACAGAAAAAAGAAAUAAUGUCGGGUUCAUAUAUCAAUGUGGAGAAACUUAAGGAAUUCGUGGAUGUACGCUACAAUACUGGUAGAUCACCAAAUCCAAGGCACAUUGUUGCACGCAACCGAAUAUUUGACACAUGUGCAGAACAAGUUAAAAGCAAGACUGACGAAUGCGAAGUGACUAUUAAGUUCAUUCUGUGUCUAAUACUAGAAGCAAAACGCUUUAAGGAAACCUUUAUGUGAGACUUAUCGUCAAAGAAGAAAAAAUAUAUAAAUUGUAUCAACAAUCAAAACAAACAUUUUGUAAAAUAAAAUAAUUUGUCUGUUCUACACAUGUUAACAAAUAUCACAA